GAUAUUGGAAGUAAUGGAGAAGGAGAUACGCGAAAAUGUUGUCAGAUGGCCACGAACAAGGAAGGAUGGGCCGACAAAAUCUAAAAGUAACUUGUAUUGUCGAUUUCAUAAAGACUACGGUCAUAACACCGAUGAAUGUCGGCACCUAAAAAAUGAAAUCGAGAGACUAAUCAAAGCAGGCCAUCUGAAGGAAUUCGUUUAUAAGGAUCGAGAACGAACCAGUCGACGAAAGGAGAGAAGCAAAAGCCCUCACAAGAGGGCAAGAACACCCGAGAAGGAGGAGCUCCCCCAGAAAAGAGGAGUGAUUCACAUGAUAUUCGGGGGACCAACCGAUGGUGAUUCAAAUCGGGCUAGAAAGGCAUAUGCUCGAGGGCAUCACGGAAAAAUCAAAAUACAACAGGUCGAGGAAGACGGUCCAGUGAUGAAUUUCGGACCAGCGGACAUGGGAGAGGUCGAGAGAUCUCACAACGAUGCCUUGAUGAUCACAGCUCAGAUAUCGGGCUAUGAAGUCCAGAGAAUCUUUGUCGACACAGGGAGCGCGGUGAAUGUGAUUUUUUACAAUUGUCUUAAACGGAUGGAACUCGACAUCGAACUCUCACCUCUGCACACUUCACUUUUUGGAUUUAAUGACUCGGAAGUCGCACCUCUAGGGGAAACCACGCUCACUGUCGUCCUCGGGGAAGGCGACUUAAGGAAGGUGAAAAUGGUACGAUUCGUCGUAGUCGACGUCGAGUCGGCUUAUAAUGUGAUUCUGGGAAGGCCAACACUCAACGCAUUCCAAGCAGUAGUGUCAACCUAUCAUAUGAAGCUAAAGUUCCCCGUCGGGGAUAAGGUAGGGGAAGCCCGAGGAGACCAGAAGCUGUCAAGAACCUGUUAUCAGAUUGCAGUAAGGACAAACCAACGAGCGGAGGUAAAAGAAGGAAAAAAGCCGGUGUCAAAUGAAAAGAGACGAAGGGAGAAUGAUCUCGAGCCGCAUGGGGAAUUAAUGGAAAUUCAAAUCGGGGAGAGAGAAGAGCAGACCACUAAAAUAGGGCGAGAGUUGGAAGAAGAGUUGCGUCGACAGCUG